CUACCGCCCACCCUGCAUCGAUGGCCGACGUCCGAUCACUUCUCAAGGAGGCGAAUGCGGCCAGGAACAGUUCCACUGGCGCUGAAGGCGCUGGCAAGAAACGCAAGGCCGCUAUAGCGUUGUCGCAAAGCCCUGGCAGGAAGAAAGCCAAGUCUGGUCCCAUCACGCCUGCAGCUAUGGACAUUGUUGAGCGGCAAGCAGACGAGCAGCCUCUUGUGUCCACUGUGAGACAGGCAGGAGAAGUCCACGACCAUGGGGUGGAGAGCAGCGACCCACGACACGAGGAAGAAUUGGCUGCACUGGACCGCGAUCUCGCGAUGAUGGCUGCUGCCCAUGCCACAUCUCACAACAUCGAGGCUGCACCAGCCGUCUCCGCUCCCCCUAUGCGGGUUGAAGACAUUGCUGCUCAAGCUCGCAUAGAGCAGAGUGCACAUCCAGGCAGGAAAGAAGUCGAGAUUGAGGCCGAGCGUGAGGACGCCGCGAAAGCUCUCGAGGACGAAUUCGAGGCCAUGGUCGGCCUUGAAGAGCGAGCCAGACGAUUGCGGGAAAGGCGCGAGGCGUUGCGUAAUACGCAUUCAACUGAACAAGGGGGCGACAGUGAAGCAGCCACUGCUUUGCCGGCCUCAUCGACACAUUCACCGGGCGGGGCAAAUCAACCAAGACCACGUUCCGCUGUCGAAAGGGAUGAUGCUGAGGUUAAUGAUGACGAAGACGACGACGAAGACGACGACGAAGACGACGACGAAGAUGACUUUGCGGAUUGGAAUUUUGGCGUCAAGGCUUAGGUAGGUCUUGCAAACUCGAGGGCAAUGGUCAUAUCCGAUACAUUGUGUGUACAAGCUACUUGGGCUCACUACACAAAUGAGGUCGUCGGUGCUGUGCUAGCUACCAAUGAGAGGAUGCUCUCGGUAAGCCACUGCAGGUUGUGAUAGUAUGUUUCUGGCUCUGGCUCGUAGCGCAGUCGUGAUUGUGAUUCUCCAUUCGUAAGACGGUCGAUACACGAUGAUAUGGAGGCCAAUCAGACAGAGGAUCACUAGGCACAUCUUGUACGAGACAAACGGGCAGCAGCGACCAAAAAAAAUACUCAAAACAACAGAAAACACAUAAAGAAUACUUGACAUGUGUUAGUCUCUGACGUUUGAGAAGUAGGUACCUCAGGUAGCUAGACGAUGGAAUGUCAAGAUUGCCCGAAUUCGGAAUGGCACCUCGUGUCACUGUCCACAACACAACAUUAAUGUACCUUUGAGUACAAGAAGCAAGUCGCGUAACAGUUGACGAUGACGACCGAGUACAAGGGCC